CAAAAGCUGACCAACAAGUUACCAUUUGAAAUAUAGCCAUGAAAUCAUCAAAUAAAUAGGGAAAAUCAUUUGAUUUGAUUUCAACAAGAUUCGCUUCCCAACAAUAAUUUUAGAAACCAAAAUAUUCUUCUUUGGAAAAAUUCUCAUCUAAUGACCAGGAGCGUAAAAAAAUAUAUGAUUUUCACAAAAAAAAAUUGUCUAUUGAUCAGCGUACAAAUUAGAUUAUUUUUGAAAAGUUCUCGUCUAUUGAUGGAGGAUACAAACUAGAUUAUCUGUCAGAUAUGUUAUCCCUGUACGUGGGGAAGGAUAAGAAGUUGUAUUGGAAGAAGAGUGUCUCCUAUGUGCACUCUGAUGAACUGGAGAGACAACAGGACAGAAUAGCCAGAGGGAUACUGUCCAGAAUACUGCAGGAGAAGAGAGAGGCUGAAGGAUCCGUGGAUCCAACACUGACAGAGAAAGAAGAAGAGGUGAAGAAAACACUGGUGUUCAAGUUACACGAUGAUAAUCGCAGUAACGAGCAAAAGCGAGGCGGAGGAAAAACAGAUCGCCACUUCUCAUCAGAUGACGAUGAUGAUGAGUGGGAAGAGGGUUUGGACGGAGACAGGGGCGGGGGAGAGGGGAAGAGAAAGGGAAAGAGUAAAGCGAUCGGACAAGUCAGACGGCUACAUUUAAAGCCCAGGAUCAAACGUGAGCCCCCAGUGAUUCGCUACCCAGUGGUGAAAGUGAAGACAAAGAAUUUGUUGGAGCAGUUUGGCAUAGGGGACAAAUUGGAGGGUAGGCAGAUUCUCCUCCCCUCAAGGAAGAAAGUUAAGAUGGAAAGCUUGGUGCCCCUUCAUCUGAUGGCAUCAGCCAAAGCGUUCAAGGCUCUGCAGGAGAGUGAGGAAUGGAAGAAGAUGAGGAGCGCGAUGAUGGAGAGACACAAAGGGAACACCGAGUACAUAAAUGUCUCCGAUGGCUACGAUGUGAGGUGUGGAGCAUACCAGAUAUGCACCAAGUGUGCCAACAUACGCACAAAACCAGAUAGGAUCUCGAGCAUUUACAAGACGGGAAAGGACAAGAACUCAGGGGUGGGGUCCCUUUAUGACACUUGGGCCAACAGUCUCAAGGAAUUGAACCCCUACAUCGAAAUGAGAGACAAGAAGAUCAAAGGCAAACAGAAACAACUGGAGCAAAAACAGGAUAACCAGCCUCAAGACGACAGAGCCGAGAGUCCUAAAAAUGCUGAAUUGGAUUUCAACGACGCCUACGCACUGCUGAAUCAAGCAAUGAGCAACAUCGAGAACUCCUCUGAGAAGACGAAGCGACGUUUCUACAGUCCCAAAGGUUACUCUCAGAAGUUCAAGGGGUCUACUACUAGUAUUUCACUCACGGAAGAGGUAUCGGGGGAGGGGCAAUUAGCUGAAACGAAAGAAAACACAAUUGUAGAGGCAUAAUCCAGAGAUCGUAAACCAGAGAUGGUAAAAACUUAGACUGGAAAAUUUACCAUAGUAUUAUCGCGAAUUUCAACGGACAGAUUAUGAUGAUUGCGUUUAAAAAAUUUCGUAACUUAUAAAGCAGAGCUUCGCAUCACGUUGAAAAAUAGAACGCAAUCUUCUAGUUUUAAGAAUCA